CAGCAGGGUUAAUUGAAGGAAGCAAGUCCUUUUUACGCAGAAAUCUUUAAAAUGACAUUUGGAAUACUGUUUUAACGAGGAAGCAUCCAUGAACAUCGGACAUCUCCGUUCAUUUGUAGGGAAAAAUGUCACAUAUUCAUUUGGCAAUGAAGGACGGAAGACAAAGGCGCCGGCUGAGCUAUUGGUGGUGUGCUGGGAUUUUUCUGCUGUGCUCUGUGGAUACGAUUUUGGGUCAGCUGAAGUACUCCGUUUCUGAGCAUGUCGGUGUCGGAACCGCGGUUGGGAAUGUUGGCAAGGAUUUGGGACUGGACCUCAACACUUUGACAAGCAGACGAUUUCGCAUUGUUUCGAACUCAAAUCACUCCCUGUUUGAAUUAAACCAAAAUAAUGGAGUGUUGCGCGUCGCGCAAAAUAUGGAUCGGGAAGAGCUGUGUGAUGCAACAAAGGUUUGUUUGAUAAACCUUAAAAUUGUCGUCGAAAGCCCACUGGAAAUACAUUAUGUCAGUGUCGAAAUAAUUGAUAUCAAUGACCAUUCGCCGUCUUUUCCUGAAACCGAGCAGCGGCUGGAAAUAGCGGAGAACACUCCUCCGGGCACUCAUUUCCAGAUUCACGCAGCUAGAGAUCCUGAUUUUGGCAUACAAUCAGUUCGAUUGUAUAGACUGAGUCAAAACGAUUACUUCGAUAUUCAAGUUAAAGAACGAGAGGAAGAUAAAAUACCAUUUUUAGUGCUUAAAAAAUCCCUAGACCGAGAAGUCAAAUCAGAGCAUCGUUUAGUGUUAACGGCUCUGGACGGGGGCACACCAUCGCGAUCUGGAAACCUGAAUUUAACUAUAACUGUAUUGGAUGUGAAUGAUAAUCGCCCUGUGUUCAGCAGCGAUAUUUAUACUGUCUCUUUAAAUGAAAAUGCUCCUCCAGGAAGUCUAGUAAUCAAAAUAAAUGCGACCGAUUCAGACGAAGGCCUGAAUGGUGAAAUAGAGUACACCUUUGGAAAAACACAAAAGAAAAAGGUGUAUGACAUAUUUGAGUUAGAUGGUAUCACUGGUGAAAUUCGAGUAAAAGGAAAAGUUGACUUCGAGGAAACAGAGAUAUACAAAUUAGAUUUGCAAGCUUCAGAUAAAGGCCAACCACCAUGGACAGGCGAAAGCAGAGUUGUAAUAAAAUUAAAAGAUUUGAACGACAAUAAACCCGAGAUUGAAAUAACAUCAUUGUCCAGCCAAAUUCCAGAGGAUUCAAAACCUGGCACUGUUGUCUCACUCAUCAGUGUCAGAGACAGAGAUUCGGGCUCAAAUGGAAAAGUUAUUUGUAAAAUAUCGGAAGAUGUGCCGUUUGAUUUGACGCCAUCUAUUGAAGAGAACAUGUACUCUCUAGUUACAAAGGGGCGGUUAGAUCGUGAGGCUGAAUCUCCUUAUGACAUCACCAUAACUGCUACUGACUGUGGGGAACCCAGGCUUUCCGCAGCAACGACUUUGCAAAUUCAUGUGUCAGAUAUUAAUGACAACAGGCCAGUCUUCAGUCAGAAUCCAUUUGAAAUCUAUCUAGUAGAAAACAAUGCACCAGGUGUCUCGGUCUUUACAAUAACAGCAUCAGAUGAAGAUGUGAGCGAAAAUGCAGUCAUAACUUAUAGCAUUAGGAAAAGCGAUAGGAUUAAUGGUGAUGUAGCACAUUUUUUUAACAUCCAUUCCGAAAACGGACAUAUAUCUGCACUGAAAAGUUUCGAUUUUGAAACUCUGAAAACUUUCCACUUCCAAGUUGUCGCCACUGAUUCUGGGACUCCGUCACUCAGCAGCAACGUCACAGUGAACGUGUUCAUUCUGGAUCAGAACGACAACGCUCCAGUCAUCCUGUAUCCACUCAGCUCCAAUGGUUCUGCUGAAGGUGUGGAGGAGAUUCCACGCAACGUGAACGCAGGACACUUGGUGACUAAAGUCAGAGCCUAUGACGCUGAUAUAGGAUAUAAUGGCUGGUUGCUGUUUUCACUGCAGGAAGUUACUGACCACAGUCUGUUUGGUUUGGACCGAUACACUGGACAGAUCAGAACACUUCGCUCAUUCACCGAGACAGACGAGGCUGAACAUAAACUGGUCAUACUGGUCAAAGAUAAUGGCAACGUUUCACUAUCAGCAACAGCUACUGUGAUUGUGAAACUGGUGGAGCCAAAAGAGGCUUUGCAGCUUCUGAUGUUAAAAGUGCAGUAGCGGAGAAU